UGGCGCUUCCCGGCACUGUACACAGCAGGUUGGGGCCCCCAGCCCCCUCCCAGCCGGUUGGUGUCCCCAUGGGCAGGCUCAGACACACUGACCCAGAAGCAGACUGUCAGACAGAAGGACCCCUUUGACUUUGUUCACAGACAUGGGAUAGGUGGUGCCCUUGGGAGGGGUCCAAGAAAAUGGCCGCCUGGGUGUGGUGGGGAGGGCAGCCGGCUGCUUCCCUCAGAUCCUGGAGGCCGCAAGAGAGAGCCGUGGACAGAGUCAGGAGGUCUGGCAGGAGGACAUGCCCAAAGGUCUUCACGGGUGGGUGGAACAGAAGCAACCACCGGAGAGGAGGUUUUCCCUUCUGCCAAGAUCACACCCUCGGGCCCCAAGGGGGAGGUCUCCAGAGCAGGGAGGCUUGGUGAGCCCCACCCUCAGGAAGGGAGGCAUCUGAAAGACUCUGAGGAGCCAGGGGUCAACCAUGCUGUUGGAAAUGGGACUUGGAGAUGCCACGGUGUGCGCCCCUUCCCUCCUUUGUGAGGUUGUUACCCACAGUCCUUCUUGCAAGAGCAACGGGCGAGAGAGCCUGGCCUGGGAGAGAGCAGGACCCUGCGUGAUGGAGUGGGCAGGACAGUGAGGAGCAGCCGAGGCCUGGGAACCGCCGAGCAAAAAGGGACAGUAGACAGAUGGUUGUUCUGUCUGGAUAAGCAAGAGAAGGGCUCUCUCUCCCAUGCCGUUUUGUGACCCGGGGCAAAGGCCCUUUCCCUCUUUGUAUCUCAGUUUCCUCAUCUGUAAAAUGGGAAAAGCACAAGGUGGCACCAGAACAGGGUACCCAUGGGGAAGCGGAUUAAAAAUACAGAUUCCCAGAUGUCCCUUCAGAUCUGUGAGUCAGACUCCCCUGGACGAGGGCCUGGGUAUCUGGAAUGUUACACAGCUCCCCCAGGCCCAGGGUUUGGAAGCCAAAUGGCUUGGCGAUUUUAAGGUUCCUCCCAGCGUUAAUUUAGACCUCAGCUCUAGGAGCAGCGCUUUCAGGAGUGGCUGAAGGAAAGCUGCAGGAGCUGGGAGGGGAAGCAGGCUUUGGGUUUAGGGCAGAAUUAGGAGUCCUGCCACUUUGCAGCUAUGUGACUUCAGGCAAGUUCCACAACCACCACUCCGAGCCUGUUUCUUCUGUAGCACAGGGAUAAUCAGCCCUGCCUCCCGGGUUGCUGGGAAGAUUCAGUGGGUCAUAUGUGUGGAAAUGCUUUGGAUGUUGCAAAUCGCUGCCCACCACGGGGGAGUGGAAGAGUGUUCCUUCCCACACCAUCCUGUCCCCGAGUUGGCUCCGUGGUCUUCCUGUGGGGUGACAGCCCUGGGUGGUAUGGUAGCUGGUGGGAGUCUACACGUGUCGGGGGUGGGGGGUUGACCCUGGGGAUCAGGUCAGAGCCAAACACUAAGGAGUCGUCGGGGUCAAUCUUUAAGACCCUCCCCAUGGUCUGGGCCCUGAGUCCCUUGGGAGUCACACAUGCCUGGAUUUAAAUCCCAGCUCUGCCCUGACCAGCUCAGGGAGUUAGUAAAUAUUUAUGUAGCAUCCAAAGCCCAGGCCCUGGGGUCAGGGGAUACAGCGGUAAACAAGACAGACACAGGGCCUGCCCAUGAAGGGCCCACACUUGCGGGGGAGACUCACCGAAAAGCUAGUCAUACAAGUAGUUGGUUGCAAUCGUGAUAGCUACUGUGAAGGGGAAGUAGAGAGGACUCAGAGAGCGCGCAGCAGGGGCCAGACUGUGGCCAGAGGUGCAAUGGGGGGAGGGGGGGUCAGAGAAGGCCUUGCUGAUAAAUGUGGGAGAGGGGUCAGAGAACAUCCCUUUCCACAUGCUUGUCUCACACCCUCUCUCCACACCCUUCUUGGGUCCCACCUUUGGGGUCUGGAGAGGAAUGAGAGAGAACCACAUGGGAAAAGGCAGGGCUGAUUGCUCUGUGCACCUCGUUCAUUCAUUCAUAAGAAAUAGUAAAUAUUUCUUGAAGCACGCUUGUGGGCCACGUGCUGAUCAGGGUGUUGGGAGAUAAACACAGAAGCGGACAGACAGAAAUUCGUGGUGCUCACCACCUUCCAGUGGCUGGUUUCCUCCUCUGUAAAGGUGGGGAUGAUAAUCAUACUCAUCUCAGGUUUGCAGGGGGCUUAGAUGAGAUAAUCCACAUAAAGUGCUUAUCAGCCCAUUGUUUGGCAAUAGAGAAAGUGUCCCCAAAGUGUGUGAGCUUUUAUUGUUGUUGACUCCCUGGUAUGAUUGUCACACCUCUGACCUGAGGCACUCUUCACUUUUUCUUUACAGCUCUUAUCCCAGUAAUAAUUAAAUCAUUUAUGAUUAUCUGAUCACUGUUUGUCUACCCGGUCUUUGUGCAAAGUAGGCACUCCAUAAGUAAUGAGUAUAUGAAUGAAUGAUGUUACUUCAUCUCUGAGCCUCCAUUUCUUCAUCUGCAAGACGGGGUUAUUAAUAGCCCCUACCUCACAGGAUUUGUAUGAAGAAUUAAAUGAAACGAUGCCUGGACAGCUUCCAGCCCAGUGCCUGGCGCGCAGUAGGUGCUCACUAAACCUGAGCUGCGAUGGUCCUUUCCAGGCGCUGUCCACACCCCGAGGCCUGGGCUCAGGCCGAAGUUGCUCCACAGCUCCCCCAGCUGACAGCCAGCACCUGGCAGAGCCCCCAGGCACGGGGGCCCUCUCUCUCCCAGAGAUCUCCAGUGUGACAGCCCAGGCGGCAGAGCCGAGGGUCCUGGUCCCGGCUUCUCGCACCCUCAUGUCAGCCCCGGCCCCGCCCGGCGGCCCGCGGAGGACAAGGUCAGGAUGCGUGUGAAGCCCCAGGGCCUGGUGGUGACUUCCAGUGCCGUGUGCAGCUCUCCUGACUACCUCCGGGAGCCCAAGUACUACCCCGGCGGCCCCCCCACCCCACGGCCCUUGCUUCCCACCCGGCCCCCUGCCAGCCCACCUGACAAGGCCUUCGCCCACACCUUCUCUGAGAACCCACGCCCACCCCCACGCCGGGACCCCAGCACCCGGCGCCCACCAGUCCUUGCCAAGGGGGACGACCCGCUGCCCCCGAGGGCAGCCCGUCCCGUCUCACAGGCCCGCUGCCCCACCCCCGCGGGAGACGGCAACAGCUCCCAACGGCGCUGGGACAACGGGCGGGUGAAGCUGCGUCCCGUGGUGCGGCUGAUUGACAUCAUGAAGGACCUGACACGGCUCUCCCAGGACCUGCAGCACAGCGGCGUGCACCUGGACUGCGGUGGCCUCAGACUCAGCCGCCCACCUGCCCCACCCCCCGGUGACCUGCAGUACAGCUUCUUCUCCUCACCCAGCCUGGCCAACAGCAUCCGCAGCCCCGAGGAGCGGGCUGCCCCCCACUCCAAGUCGGAGAGGCCCGGCCACCCCCUCUAUGAGCCUGAGCCCGAGCCUAGGGACAGUCCCCAGCCUGGCCAAGGCCAUAGUCCUGGGGCCACGGCCGCGGCCACCGGGCUGCCCCCGGAGCCUGAGCCAGACGGCCCUGAUUACUCGGAACUUGCAGAUGCCGACAUCCUCAGCGAGCUGGCCUCCCUUACUUGCCCCGAGGCCCAGCUGCUGGAGGCCCAGGCCCUUGAGCCACCAUCUCCUGAGCCAGAGCCUCAGCUCCUGGACCCCCAGCCCCGCUUCCUGGACCCACAGGCACUAGAGCCGCUCGGGGAAGCUUUGGAGCUGCCACCCCUGCAACCUCUUGCUGAUCCUCUGGGGCUGCCAGGCCUGGCGUUACAGGCCCUGGAUACCCUGCCCGACUCCCUGGAGUCGCAGCUGCUUGACCCUCAGGCACUCGACCCCCUGCCCAAGUUGCUUGAUGUCCCUGGCCGCCGUCUGGAGCCUCAGCAGCCCCUGGGGCCCUGCCCACUGGGCGAGCCCUUGCGCCUGGACUUGUGUUCACCCCAUGGCCCCCACGGGCCUGAGGGUCACCCCAAGUACGCCUUGCGGCGCACUGAUAGGCCAAAGAUCCUGUGUCGCCGGCGGAAAGCUGGACGGGGGCGCAAGGCAGACGCCGGGCCGGAGGGCCGCCUGCUGCCCCUGCCUAUGCCCACAGGGCUGGUGGCCGCCUUGGCCGAGCCCCCGCCACCACCGCCUCCACCACCUCCUGCCCUGCCAGGCCCGGGCCCAGUCCCAGAGCUGGAGCCAGAAUCUUCCCAGACUCCAGGGGUCCCCAGCCGCAAAGGCAAGUGCCGGGGCGUGCGGCGCAUGGUGGUGAAAAUGGCCAAAAUCCCCGUAUCGCUGGGACGGCGGAACAAGACCACGUACAAGGUGUCCUCCUUGAGCAGCAGUCUGAGCGUGGAGGGCAAGGAGCUGGGCCUGCGCGUGUCCGCGGAGCCCACGCCACUGCUGAAGAUGAAGAACAAUGGACGGAACGUGGUGGUGGUCUUCCCCCCCGGGGAGAUGCCCAUUAUUCUUAAGCGGAAACGCGGCCGCCCUCCUAAGAACCUGCUGCUGGGUCCUGGCAAGCCCAAGGAGCCGGCAGUGGUCGCGGCCGAAGCAGCCACCGUGGCCGCGGCCACCAUGGCCAUGCCGGAGGUGAAGAAACGGCGGCGGCGGAAGCAGAAGCUGGCCUCCCCGCAGCCGUCGUAUGCAGCAGACGCCAAUGACAGUAAGGCCGAGUACUCCGACGUUCUGGCCAAGCUGGCCUUCCUGAAUCGCCAGAGCCAGUGCUCUGGGCGCUGCUCGCCCCCCCGCUGCUGGACACCCAGCGAGCCCGAGUCGGUACACCAGGCACCCGACACCCAGAGCAUCUCCCAUUUCCUGCACCGGGUGCAGGGCUUCCGACGGCGUGGCGGUAAAGCAGGCGGUUUUGGUGGCCGGGGUGGGGGCCAUGCCGCCAAGGCGGCCCGAUGCUCCUUCAGUGACUUUUUCGAGGGCAUUGGCAAGAAAAAGAAGGUGGUGGCAGUGGCAGGUGCUGGCGUCGGGGGCCCCAGCCUCACCGAGUUGGGGCACCCACGCAAGCGGGGCCGGGGGGAGGUGGACGCCAUGACUGGGAAGCCCAAGCGCAAGAGGCGGUCCCGGAAGAAUGGGACUCUGUUCCCAGAGCAGGUGCCUAGCGGCCCGGGCUUUGGGGAGGCCGGCGCCGAGUGGGCCGGGGACAAGGGCGGCGGCUGGGCCCCUCACCAUGGGCACCCAGGCGGGCAAGCCGGCCGAAACUGUGGGUUCCAGGGGACCGAGGCCCAGGCCUUUGCCUCCACCGGGCUGGAGAGCGGGGCCUCAGGCCGCGGCAGCUAUUACAGCGGUGGCGCCCCCGCAGGCCAGGCCGAGCUCAGCCAGGAGCGCCAAAACCUCUUCACCGGCUAUUUUCGCUCACUGCUCGAUUCGGAUGACUCCUCCGACCUCUUAGACUUUGCCCUCUCCGCCUCUCGCCCUGAGUCCCGGAAGGCAUCAGGCACCUACGCAGGGCCCCCCACCAGCACCCUGCCUGCCCAGCGGGGCCUGGCCACCUUCCCCAGCCGGGGGGCCAAGGCCAGCCCAGUGGCGGUGGGCAGCAGUGGGGCUGGUGCGGAGCCCUCCUUCCAGCCUGUCCUGCCCGCUCGCCAGACCUUCCCGCCGGGCCGGGCGGCGAGCUACGGUAUCACUCCAGCCACUUCAGAGUGCCGGGCAGCCGAGACCUUCCCGAAGCUGGCGCCCCCGCCGUCGGCCGUGGCCCGCUCCCCGACCGCCCACCCGCCCGCCAGCACCUACCCACCUCAGUACGGUGGCUACGGGGCCGGACAGAGCGUUUUUGCCGCAGCUAAGCCCUUCACGGGCCAGGACUGUGCUAACAGCAAGGACUGCAGCUUCGCCUACGGCAGUGGCAACAGCCUGCCUGCCUCCCCCAGCAGCGCCCACAGCGCCGGCUACGCCCCACCGCCUACAGGGGGCCCCUGCCUGCCGCCCAGCAAGGCCUCGUUCUUCAACAGCUCUGAGGGGGCCCCCUUCUCUGGCUCAGCCCCCACGCCCCUGCGCUGUGACAGCCGGGCCAGCACCGUCUCUCCCGGCGGCUACAUGGUACCCAAGGGCACCACGGCCUCUGCCGCCUCCUCCUCCUCCUCCUCCUUCCAGCCCUCGCCUGAAAACUGUCGGCAGUUCGCGGGGGCUUCUCAGUGGCCUUUCCGGCAGGGCUAUGGAGGCCUGGACUGGGCCUCAGAGGCCUUCAGUCAGCUCUACAAUCCCGGUUUCGACUGCCACGUCAGCGAGCCCAACGUGAUCCUGGACAUCUCCAACUACACGCCGCAGAAGGUGAAGCAGCAGACGGCUGUGUCCGAGACCUUCUCCGAGUCGUCGUCCGACAGCACCCAGUUCAGUCAGCCGGUCGGCGGCGGCUUUCGGCGCGCCAACAGCGAGGCUUCGAGCAGCGAGGGCCAGUCAAGCCUGUCCAGCCUGGAGAAACUGAUGAUGGACUGGAACGAGGCAUCCUCUGCCCCCGGCUACAACUGGAACCAGAGCGUCCUUUUCCAGAGCAGCUCCAAGCCGGGCCGUGGACGGCGGAAGAAGGUGGACCUGUUCGAGGCCUCACAUCUGGGCUUCCCGUCAUCCGCCUCGGCCACCGCCUCAGGCUACCCGUCCAAACGGAGCACCGGGCCCCGGCAGCCGCGGGGUGGGCGGGGUGGUGGGGCCUGCUCAGCUAAGAAGGAGCGGGGCGGGGCGGCCGCCAAAGCCAAGUUCAUCCCCAAGCCACAGCCCGUCAACCCCCUGUUCCAGGACAGCCCGGACCUCGGCCUGGACUACUACAGUGGGGACAGCAGCAUGUCACCACUGCCCUCCCAGUCGAGGGCCUUCAGCGUGGGUGAGCGAGACCCUUGUGACUUCAUGGGACCCUACUCCAUGAACCCGUCCACUCCUUCUGACGGCACCUUCGGCCAAGGCUUCCACUGCGACUCGCCCAGCCUGGGUGCUCCUGACCUAGAUGGCAAGCACUUCCCGCCUCUGGCCCACCCACCCACAGUGUUUGAUGCUGGUCUGCAGAAGGCCUACUCACCCACCUGCUCACCCACGCUGGGCUUCAAGGAAGAGCUGCGGCCGCCACCCACAAAGCUGGCUGCCUGUGAGCCCCUCAAGCACGGGCUCCAGGGGGCCAGCCUGGGCCACGCGGCUGCAGCCCAGGCCCACCUCGGCUGCCGGGACCUGCCGCUGGGCCAGCCCCACUACGACUCCCCCAGCUGCAAGGGCACAGCUUACUGGUACCCACCGGGCUCAGCUGCCCGCAGCCCACCCUAUGAAGGGAAGGUGGGUACGGGGCUGCUGGCUGACUUCCUGGGCAGGACGGAGGCCGCGUGCCUCAGUGCCCCACACCUGGCCAGCCCACCGGCCACACCCAAGGCCGACAAGGAGCCACUGGAGAUGGCCCGGCCGCCCGGCCCACCCCGUGGCCCUGCCGCCGCCGCCGCUGGCUACGGCUGCCCGCUCCUUAGUGACUUGACCCUGUCCCCUGUGCCGAGGGACUCGCUGCUGCCCCUGCAGGAUACCGCCUACAGGUAUCCAGGCUUUCUGCCGCAGGCGCAUCCCGGCCUGGGUGGGGGCCCCAAGAGCGGCUUCCUGGGGCCCAUGGCGGAACCUCACCCUGAGGACACAUUCACCGUCACCUCCCUGUAGUGCCAACUGAAGUGCCGACUGGACCUCGAGGUUUUGUUCCUGGCUUUCAGAAAACCAACGCCAAGACCCCUCCCAGCGUCCAUAUUGUCCUCUGGCAGGAGCGCCUGCCCCUUUGCCUCCCACCCCACCCCACCUGCCUCCCUUGCACUACCAUCUCCCCCCCACCCCUCCCCGCCCAUCUCCUCCACGCAGAAGCCGAAGGUGAGCCCUUUCUGCACAAAACCAGCAAUUGUAAAUACUUUUUAAAAAUGUACAAAACUUAAAAACAAAACACAGUUUUAGAAAAA